AAUCAAAUUGUAUUCCAUCAAAAGAGAAAAAUAAUCAAUAGGUGUUCAACAUUCAGGGGAGCGACCUGGUAACACAGAAAGUAAACUGAAAUAAUGGGUUGUCCAUGGAAGAUGAGUUCUCUCAUCUUAACUUUCUUUGCCUUUUCAUUUCUCAAUAGUCGGCUUCCAGUCGCUCGAGCUCAGGCUAAUAGUACUGCGUCUCUAGUGGAAUACUAUUUUGUUGUGAAGAACACAACUUUUACAAAAUUUUGCGAAAACAGGACCGUUUUGACAGUAAACGACAUGUAUCCUGGGCCAGAAAUACGGGUUAAAAAAGGACAGAGCAUUCUUGUUAAUGUCCAGAAUGAUGCAGCUUACGGUGUCACCAUUCACUGGCACGGCGUGAAGCAACCAAGAAAUCCAUGGUCUGAUGGCCCAGAAAAUAUAACCCAAUGUUUGAUUCAACCUGGAAAGAAUUUCACCCAAGAAGUCAUAUUCUCUGAUGAGAUAGGGACUGUAUGGUGGCAUGCCCAUAGUGAUUGGACUCGCGCUACUGUUCACGGUGCCAUUGUCGUCGAACCUCCAGAUGAUGAAAUACCGGACUCUCCAUUUAAAUUCCCAAAUCACACACUUGUGUUCUCUACAUGGUUUAAUCAAGAUUUGAAAGAAAUAAGUGAUAUCAUAGCGCUGAACGGUACUAAUACAGCUGAUGCAGCGGGGUAUACCCUCAACGGCUUCCCUGGAGAUCAAGUUACAUGCGACAACGUUUCGGAGCCAACAUAUAAUAUUACAGUUAAACGCGGUGAAACAUAUGUUCUCCACAUUGUCAAUGCUGCAAUGCAUGAAGGACAGUAUUUUGGCAUCAAGAACCAUACACUAACGGUUGUUGCACGUGAUGGGGCAUAUGUCAAGCCAUUUGCCACAGACUAUGUACUGUUGGCCCCAGGGCAAACCAUGGAUGUUACAUUCGUGGCAGACCAGAACCAAAGUCAAUAUUACAUGCGUUUUCGGUAUUUUGAUGAUAGUGGUGUUACUACUAACACACAAAAUACCACAGGAUAUCUCAUAUAUUCGGACGCUACUGAGAACGUAACCAAUACGGAUUUUCCAUACCUCCCCAAUGCAACAGAUAACACCACUGCUUUUAAAUUCACCAAGCGACUCCGGAGCUUAUACUCCAGAUCAAAUACAGAGCUCCCCCGAGGCGAUGUUAAACGAAUUGUUCUGGACGUGCAAGUAGAUCAUUUAAAUUGCACUGGUUCAUCUGAUUGUCCAUCUACAGGGAGACAAGCUGCAAGCUUAAACAGAAUCAGUUUUGCAUACCCAACGAAUCACAGUAUUCUGGAGGCAUACUACUACAACAUCUCAGGUGUUUACAACACAAGCUAUCUGAUUUAUCCAGACGAGGAAUUGGAAGCGGCAACCUAUGCUUACCAAGGAACAAAUGUGAUUAUGUUGGAUUAUGGAGAUCCAGUAGAGCUUGUGUUCCAGGCAAUAGAUGUUACUCCUGCUGGAGGUCAUCCACUACAUUUACACGGUUUCAGCUUCUUCCAAGUCGGCAUGAAUAAUGGAACAUUUGAUAAUUCGACUGACCCUGAUUCAUAUAACUUGGAUGAUCCACCAGAGAUGAACACUGCCGUUGUUUUUGGGAGUGGAUGGACAGCCGUUAGAUUUUUUGCAAAUAAUCCUGGUGUAUGGUUUUUUCACUGUCAUUUUGAAUCGCAUGUCAGUUGGGGUAUGGCUACAGCCCUCAUUGUAAAGGAUGGCCCUAAUUCAGACCAAAAAUUGAAGCCGCCACCGGCGGGAAUGCCUAGUUGUGGUGCAUAGGCCCCAUAAGUAAUGCUGAAUGUGUCGUGUAUCCAUGUUUUUUCCAUUGUGUCUUCAUUCCUGGUGUUUGUAUUACUUCAUGUGGAUUUUCGUAGGUUAUGAGUCUUGCUGUCAGUGAGAUUUGUUGAGGAUUGCCUGGUCCUCACUGUUAAGCUAUGAAUAAUGCCCUCAAGUCUUAAAGCCUCAAAUUUGCGUCUUGUUAACUACAUGCAGAUUUGGACUAGGGCUAAAUGUUGACAUAUUUGAUAAAUUUUAUGAAUGUAUGGCUUAUAUAUUUACAACUAGAAUUAAUUAUAGUUAUAAAG